AUGUCCACCGCCGCCGCUAGAUCUAAGCACGAGAAGCUUAUCCUGCAGGAGAAGCUUCUGGUGCUGCAAACCCAGAUCGACAGUCGGCGCGGUAGCGUGCAGGCGGCACUGAAGCGUGCCCCGCCGCCACCGCCGCUGCCGCGUGCGCAGCCGCCGCCGCCGCCGCCGCCGCCGCCGCCGCCGCCGCCGCCGCCGCCGCAGCGCGCGCCGCCGCCGCCGCCGCCGCCGCCAGUCGCGAGCCACGUCCUCGAGCUCGAUGACGAGGAGGACGGCGAGGAGGAGGCCGCGUCCGACGACGAGGAGGAGGAGGCCGGCUGGUGGAAGCACGUGCAGGCCAUGCCGCAGCGGCCGCGCGGCUUCGCGCCGCCCGAGGUCUGUCGGUAUGGCGCCGGCUGCCGCUUUCGCGCGACGUGCUCGCGCGCGCACCCCGAGCUACGCCCGGGCGAGCUCGGCCAGCUCGGCGCUGAGGACCUGCUCAGCGAAGUGACGUGCGUAUCCGGCGACACGUACGACCGUGACCGCUGGGGGCACGAACUCAGGAAGCAUCAGGAGACGAAGCAGCAGAAGAAGGCGGCGAAGGCCGUGCACGACGCGGUCGAGCGGCUGGCAGCGCGAGAAGUGACGUGCGUGCCCGGCGACGCGUACGACCGUGACCGCUGGAUGCUGCCCGACGGACUCCGGAAGGAUCUAGAUGCGCUGCAUCAGGAGACGAAGCAGCAGAAGAAGGCGGCGAAGCAGCAGCAGAAGGCGGCGAAGCAGCAGCAGAAGAAGAUCAAGAAGAAGGCGAAGAAGACGCACGUCUGCCCGUGCGGCAAAGGCUUCAAAACCGCGAGCUCGCUGCAGCAGCACCAAGAGCACCGCAAGAGCUGCCGAGCACGCCGGGCCCGUCGGGAGGCAGCAAAUUCGGAGGAGCUUGAGGCAAAGGCGGAGGUGCUCGCGCGCAUCAUCGAGACGAACCCGAAGCCCGUUGAGCUCAGCAAGCUGCUUGGCUCCGCGUGGGGCAAGCUCGCGGACCCGCCGACGGCCGGCCCGCCAGAGGCGGCCGGCGCCGAGGCGGCGGUGUCGGAGGGCGAGGCAGACGCGUCGGCGGAGCUCGAGGCUCCGACCAACUCGGAGCUCGGCCGGCAGACUGCGAACCUCAAGGCCGCCCGCGACUUGGAGGAGGACUUAGCACCGCCGAGCAAGCGCACUGCCGCCGAGAGAGCAGCGGCGGCUGUCUCGGCGCGCGUCGGCGUGCCGCCACCGCCGCCGUCGGCCGCCGGCUUACCUAGCGGCUUAGUAAGGUGGGAGGUAGAUGGACGUGUGGAGUACAGUGUGCCAGCGUUGAGUCAGCUGUGCGGUUCAUAA